GCUCCAACACCUGGCGAGCCGAGCACCCUUGCGGAGCAACCAGUUUCGGGCCAAAACAUCCGCCAGAUCAUGCAAGCAAGACAUGGUGCAACACUUGCCAAGCAGUUUGGGGCUCAACGCAACUUGCAGACGUUGAGGUUCAAGCUUCUUGGCAUCCACAUGGUAACCGAGAUUCUCAGCAGGUGAAGGGGGAGAGGCAGAUGACCAGAUGACGAGAGCUGAAGUGACAGAUCAAGGAGGGCACUUUCUUUUGGACGAAGGAAAACGAAGGAAAAGGACGGCCCUGGGGUCCCCUGGGGUCUGGGGAGAAGAGCGUUGUUGGAGACAGGUUGUUCGAUCCUUCACAGGACUUUUGUUCGAUCCUUCGCUUUCAAUUGUGAGAUGCAACACGACCAGCGACCAGCGAUCUGGGACGAUCCAUCUACACGACCAGCUGGCGAGUGACUGCUAGAGUGACCUGCUGGUGUCUCUGGUGUUCACGGUGGUUCUCUUUUUUGUCAGGUUUUACUGGGCGACGAUGGAGUCGUGGAGUCCGUUUGGAGAGUUGGAGACCAGUUGCUGGGGCUAUCAUGAAGAAGCAGAUGGGCAAUCAGCGCUGCGACGGCGACCGCGGUGAGCGACCAGCUCGUGUUGUUGGCACUCCGAUCGACCGAUGCCGAGGGGUGCCUCGGGAUUGCAGCUCGAAGUCACAAAGCUGGACCAUCCCGAACUCGGUGACCCACAUGGGGAUCGUAUUUUCCUCGGUGAAUUCUGAAAGGCUUCAGAACUGCUCGUUGGCGAGCUUGAACUCACCCACAUUGGGGAUGCGGCCGAAAUCGGGAUUGCAGCUCUUUGGUGAGCUUGUCCAUCCCUGUACAUCCGUGGCCCAGAUUGGGGAGUAUGCCAUGCCUAUCCAGGGUCGCUCUUCGCCCCCUGGAUGUGGGACUCAGCCGUGGUUUUCGGGGCCGCGGCUUUCAUGUGUCCCGUGGUGAACCCGCAUGAAUCGAAAUCUGAAAACCCGAAAAGGGGUGCACUUUGGCAGGUCUCAAGUGUAUGCCCAGUAUACCUGGAUCUUCCAAGUAUGCAACAUGUCUGCCUUGCGGCUGAUCUUUGUGGAUGAAGAGGCAGACAUUUGCGUAGAAGAUCCAGAUAUACCAGCACCCUCCAACAGGUCUCCUCUUGUGACUUUUGCAGACUUCAAAGUCGCGGGUGGUGACCUGUUGGAGGGUCCUGGUUAUGAUAUAUAUAUAUAUAUUAUUGGAGGCAGCUUGAAACACACCACCGGGCAGACAUGAAACAUCAUGAAACGAACCCUCAAGCCUCAAGCCUUGAGCCCAUGUGGAUUGGUAUAGCAGCUGGCAUUCCCAUGGAGGUUCUAGAUUCUAGGUCGUUCAAAACCCAUUCUUCUAGGCCCUCAAGGUUUGAGGAGUGGGCUCAUCUGCCAGUUGCAGCUACUCCAGGAUGGUUGUAACAAUAGACCAGUUGCCAAUGGUGCACCCAUGUCUUUCUCGCAUCAACAGUGGGUUUCUCCAAAUUGUUUUGGUUACUCUAAGCAAAUCUGAGUUCUAGAUUGGGGAUUUGAAUCAUGUUUCAUCUCUUCCACAGCCGGGGUACCUAGCCCUGUCUGCGAUGCGUUCCCCCAAAACGAAGCAGCUCUUGGUGACACAGGGGCCCUCACCCCACCUCCACCGGCGCUUCACCGCGGACCGCGCCUGAUCGCGAGGAUUCCGGAUCGCUUGAUCCUGUCGUUGCCACGUUGCUCGAUCCGCGAGGGCCGAGCCUACGAGAUUCCCCGAGAGCUCCAGGAGUUGACGUCAGAACACCCAUGGAUGCAGGUGCACUGGUUGGAGGAAGAUUUUGGUCCAGGGACCAAACUCUUGGGAGUGAUUGAUUGGUUUCAGAAGUAUUUGGGGGACCCAGUGAAUGGCGACAUGCUGAUGCUGCUGGAUGACGACCAUGCUUAUUUGCCUCAUGCCAUCGACGAUCUCUGGCACAAGCAGAGCUCUUUGGGCACUGAAUACGUGAGCUCCUAUUUCGCGUACUUCUUCCGUGGAGUCAUGGUGCCCCAGGGCGCGGACAUCGUGGCGGUGCAGCCGAAGGAUCGUCUCUGGAUGGCGCAGCUGCAAAGCUUCCAUCGUCACUUCGUGGCGGAGCAUCCAGCGGCCUUUUUGGUGGAUGACCUGUGGGCGGCCAUCUUCUAUUUUGCCACGGGGAAGGAGGUGCGCUCCUUCCGCGACUCGGUGCUCCGCCGUGGCGUGGAGACCAUCUACACCAAGACCUCCAACGCCUCGGUGGAGGCCCUCAUGGACUUGGAGGGCGCCGCCCGGCGCGAUCGAGCCAUGUUGGCCUGCUUCGACCAUCUACUUCAAAGGCUCCUGGCAGUGCCACCUGGGAGCCCGAGCCUCGAGUGCAUCGGUGGCGCCCCUUCAGCGCUCCGCCUGCGGCGCCUCGCCGCUGAGGUGGCGCUGGCCGAGCGGCGCAUGGCCGAGCUCCACGCGGAGAGCGCGAGUGCGGAGCGGGCGCCGCGUGCCGCGGCGGAGCUGGCGAAGUUGAGGACCAGCGCGACCGCUUCCGACCUCCGAUGGCUCGGCAGGUCUCGGAGCCGCGGCACAGCCUUCAGAUGGAACGCGAGGUGCCACGGGAGCUGCCCUCAGAAGUGUCGGGCCCCUCCUACCAGGAGUUGCUGGCAGAGAACAGGCGCUUGCGGGACGAGAUGUCGGAGCUACGAUUGGAGCUGGAGAAGU